GGUCAGAUAGAAUAAAAAUAAAAGUCUGCGUUGAUAUCGAGAAAUCGAGAGGCUAGGGUUUGUGAUUCCAAGAGCAAAAGAUGAUCGAGGUGGUGCUGAACGACCGUCUGGGGAAGAAAGUAAGGGUCAAGUGCAACGAAGAUGACACGAUCGGCGAUCUGAAGAAGCUCGUGGCGGCUCAGACCGGAACGCGAGCGGAGAAGAUUCGAAUCCAGAAGUGGUACAACAUCUACAAGGAUCAUAUCACUCUCAAGGACUACGAGAUCCACGACGGCAUGGGCCUCGAGCUCUACUACAAUUAAGGCGAACCGGAGGUGCUGAGCAAAGGAGAGCAAGUGAAUGUUGUUGAUUUGCACACCACCCCCAAUUAAAUAAAAAAACAAAAGUAUUGUCUGUAAAAUUGGCUAAUUGGUUUCUGAUUAUGUAUUAUGCUUUCGUAAACUAAAAUCAAAUGUGUGGUAAUAAGCUACUCUUUCAACUUUUGUCUACGGUACUUUAAGAAGUCUCUUGGUGUUUUCCCCAUCUUUCUGGAAA